AUGUUCGAUUCGAUAGAGGACGCGGUAGCAGACAUCCGGGCAGGCAAGUUCGUUGUAGUGCUCGACGAUGAGGACCGGGAAAAUGAAGGCGACCUCAUCAUCUCAGCGUCGCUCUGCACAACACAGCAAAUGGCAUGGUUCAUUCAACACACUUCGGGCUUUAUCUGCAUCGCACUCACGCCGGAUCGCAUCGCCCAACUCGAAAUCCCCAUGAUGGUGCCCAACAACACGGAGAAGAACAAGACCGCCUACACCGUCACUGUCGACUACAAGCACGGUACCACAACGGGCAUCUCUGCGCACGAUCGAGCGCUUACCUCGCGCCAAUUGGCGGACGAAUCGCUCAGCGCGCAAGCUGAUGACUUCACAAGACCGGGUCACAUGAAUCCGCUCAGGUAUACACAGGGCGGAGUGAGGGUGAGGAUGGGUCAUACCGAGGCAAGUGUUGAUCUGUGCAAGCUGGCAGGGCUGCCACCGGCAGGGCUUCUAUGCGAACUCGUCGACCCUGACGACGAGGAUGGAGGCAUCGCGAGUAGGGACGCGUGUCUCAAGUUUGCCAAAAAGUGGGGGUUGAAGGUCACGACAAUUGAGAUGCUCAAAAAGUACAGGGAGCAGAAAGAGGGUGAGUUGGCCCACGAUGACAGGCAAAGGCUCGCAGACGAUCAGGUGAGAGGCGUCAAGAUCGACGUGCAGAAAGUGGUGCCUCCGACAACAACUGCUGCGUGA